CACGCUUUUCUCUCUACUCCCUCGGUCUGUUUCAUAAACAUUAUUCUGCGUCUCUCCGACUAUCGUCGUAUCCCAGCCCAUCACACGCACUUACACGCCAUUCCUAAGACACCAUCAAUGAGCGCAGAACCAAGACCGCACAUGCUCUCGAUGCAGAGCAAGCUCCCGCGUCUGCCAAUCCCGCCGCUUAAGCAGACAAUCGACCAGCACCUUGCGGCCAUCGCCCCAAUAGUCGGAAGUGACCAGGCGGCGCUUGUGGACUCGCACAAGCGGGCAACCGAGUUUCUGAAGCCUACGAGAAUGACGCAGCCAAACAGCUGGCUCGAGCGGUGGUGGUUCGAUUAUGCGUAUCUGAGCUGGCGCGAGGGCCUGUGCAUCAACUCAAACUACUGGAUUGCAUUCGUCGAGGACCCACAUGCCUACGGUCUGGCAACGCCUGCCAGCGUCCUGGUACCAAGCAACCCCGAGCACCGCCAAGGCAAGGUCUGGGACAGCCGCGAGUACGGCGAGUUCCAGAUCCGGCGCGCGGUAAAGUUCAUCCAGAAAACCCUGGACUUCAAGGACUUGGUUGCCGACGGCAGAAUCCCAGUGGACAUGACUCGGGCUGGUCCGCUGUGCUAUGGACCAAUCCGGCAGGACAAAGUCACCACAAAUGCACGUACAAUCACUGUGAUUGUGGAAGAUCAAUUGUACAGCGUCGAGGUGUACGACAGCGCCGGUCACCGCAAGCUUGAUGGUGAUCUCGAGGCCGAAUUGUUUGCUAUCACGGCUGACGUCACCGAGCGCCGCAGUACCGGCGACCUGGACCCGGCUGUGCCUGUGCUGACUGCGGGACACCGCGACCGCUGGUCGGAUGCGUAUGCGCAGCUUGAGAAGCAGCCACAAAACAACGCAACGCUGCUGGCUACGCAGGAGUCGCUGUUUGCCGUGUCACUCGACACCACGUUCUGCGACCCGCGUGGUUCAAUCAAUGCCCACCAGCGCUGCUGCAAGUGCCACGGUAUCCAGCCUGGCCACAACCGCUGGUACGACAAGUGUGCCAACUACAUCAUUGACCGCAAUGGUGCUGUUGGAUACAACGGCGAACACUCGCCCUGCGAUGCACUGAUCCCGGCGCUGAUGCUGGACUUUGUCGCGAAACACGUCGCUCCCGAGUACAUCUCACCGACAACAAAGAGCGUGGGCACUCCCAACUACCAGCCGCACAUCCGGCGCCUGCGGUUUACAGACGUGCCCAACAGUGUGACUCGCCUAAUUGAGGAUGCCAACAAGGAGCUCGUCGAGUCGGCCCGCAACAGCCAGAGCCGCCAAAUCCGAUUCAUGAACUACGGCUCCGACUGGAUCAAGCGUGCUGCCAAGGUCAGCCCCGAUGCGUUUACCCAGCUGGCCCUGCAGCUGACAUACUACCGCCUCCACAACAGCUUUGCUGCUGUCUACGAGACGGCCAGCACUCGCCAGUACCUGCAUGGUCGCACCGAAGCCACCCGCUCGCUGACCUCAGAGUCUGCUGACUUUAUGCGGGUCAUGACCGAUCGUGCCUCAAGCUCACUUGACAAGUAUGAAGGCAUUGCCGUUUCGCGUGCUUCGUCUUCUGGAAACGGCAUCGACCGGCACAUAAUGGGUUUGCGGCUGGCAUACAGGCUUCUGGAUCCGCUUCCUCAGGAGAAGCCCCUGACAGAGAACGAGAAGGAUACCAUUGAACGGUUCUUUAAUGAUCCAGCUCUGGCCAAGUCCACAAAGUACCAGCUAUCGACCUCUGGCCUGAUUCCUGCUUACUACUUCACCCAUACAGGCUUUGGCGCUGUUGUUGCUGAGCGAGGCUACGGCAUUAACUACAUGAUCGAGCCGCGCUGCAUCAAGUUUGGCACAGAGAGCAAAACAAGAGAGGCCGGCAAUGGGUCCGACGCGAUGCUUGAACUCAAGAUCAUAUGCGAACAGGCCAACGAGAUUCUGCCUGGCGAUGGGAGCCGUCUGUAACAUGCUUAGGGUAUUCUGCUAGCACAUAGCACAUGGUAUUUAGCAACAAAUUCUUAUAAUGC